AUGUCCCUCUUGCGGCCUUUCGUCCGUACAGCCUUCUCGCUACACUCUUUUGCAUCAAGACCCGCUCCAAUUUUCGCGCAAAAGCGCUGCUUCACCAACCAGCAAGUGCCUCCCGAGCAACUUCUCAAAUACCUACGAUCCGGUUCAGCCAUGUCUUCCACCGACACCAACGCCGAUCAGAAGAUCGCCUCCCUCCAAGCCGCUCGCACUGAACAAGAUGCCAAGGUGCAAGAGCUCCGCGCUGCCAACGCCGAGCAGUCUACCCUUAAGGCUGAAAUCGGCAAGCUUAAAAAGCUCCAACAUCAACUCGCCCAACUCGGCAUUGGCGGCUCUUCCAAAGCUGGCUCCUCCAAGCAGGAGGUCAAGUUCACCCUGAAAACCCCCAAGGGAACUCGCGAUUGGGAACCUCUCGCCAUGUCUCUGCGCAAACGAAUCUUCAGCACGAUCGAACAAGUCUUCUCUGCCCAUGGUGCAGUUACAAUCGACACACCCGUUUUUGAGCUCAAAGAGAUUCUAUCUGGAAAAUACGGCGAGGAUUCUAAGCUCAUCUACGACCUUCAGGAUCAAGGUGGUGAACUUUGUUCCUUGCGAUACGAUCUUACCGUCCCUUUUGCGAGGUUUGUUGCGAUGAACCCAAGCGAACACGGUAACAUUAAGCGAUACCACAUUGCUAAAGUCUACCGUCGCGAUCAACCCGCUAUGUCGAAGGGCAGAUUUAGGGAGUUUUAUCAGUGCGAUAUUGAUAUUGCCGGUGUUUAUGAUCCCAUGCUUCCCGAUUCGGAAGUGCUUUGCAUCCUUGUAGAAGCACUGGAUGCUUUGGGUAUCGAGGGUUUCACUGUCAAAAUCAACCACAGGAAGAUCUUGGAUGGUAUCUUUGACAUCUGCGGUGUUCCCGCCGAUAAGAUCCGUACGAUCAGUAGCGCUGUUGAUAAGUUGGACAAAUCUCCUUGGGCCGAGGUGAAGCGCGAGAUGACCGUGGAUAAGGGUCUCGCAGAGGAUGUUGCGGACAAGAUCGGAGAGUAUGUCAAGUUGAAAGGUGGAAAGGAUUUAUUGGAGAAACUGAAGCAGGAUGAAGUUAUGAUGGCACACAAGGUUGCUUCGCAGGGUGUUAGGGAUAUGGAGCUGUUGUUCGACUAUUUGGACGUCUAUGGGAUUGCGGAUAGGAUGAGUUUCGAUUUGAGUUUGGCAAGAGGACUGGAUUACUACACGGGCUUGAUUUAUGAGGCCGUGACUGCAGCUAGUGCUCCUCCUGGCUUCAACCGCUCUGACUCUGCCGCUGCUGCGGGUGGUGAAGAGAAGAAGAAGCCUAAGAGCAAGAAGAAAGGUGCUGAUGGAGAAGAAGAGGUUGAUGAAUCCACCGUCGGUGUGGGAUCGAUUGCUGCUGGAGGACGUUACGACAACUUGGUUGGUAUGUUCUCUGGUUCCAAGAAAGCCGAUGCAGUCCCUUGUGUUGGUGUAUCCAUCGGAGUCGAGCGAGUGUUCGCAAUCAUGAUGCAGCGUCUUAAGGAGAAGGAAGCUAAGGGUGAACGUACUUCUGUUCGAUCUAAGGAGGUUGAUGUUUACCUCAUGUCCGUUGGAGAAGGGUUGUUGAAAGAGCGUAUGCAGGUGACAAAGAUGCUCUGGGAUGCAGGGAUCAAGGCCGAAUUCAUGCACAAGGCUAAGCCCAAGUUGCCUGCUCAAUUUGGUGUGGUUGACAAGGAGGGUAUUCCUUUCGCUGUGAUUCUUGCACCGAACGAGUGGAACGGAGAGACAAGAAAGGUCAGGGUCAAGCAGCAGAAGGGUAAGGAUAGCGAUGAGGGUCAGGGUCAGGGUGAGCUCGUAGACCUUAAGCAGUUGAUCGAGUACUUGAAGGGAUUGGGCGCCGGUCAGGGCGUUACUCCGUUGGCUGAACGCAAGAGCAUUAUCUAG